ACAUAGCGUAGCCGGGCUCUCAGAUUGUUGCUAGAAGAAGAGCGCGUCGUCGUCUGACUGGGCUCGCGGCGUCUCACUUAGGUUCUGCGCUCUUGCUCCGGCCCGGCUCUUAGGCUGCGGGGCCUUGAAGGAGGCAUAUCGAGGCGGCACAAGAACAAUCCCGGGACGCUCAGGCGUUCCCUCGUCUUUCCAGUCAACGCCAUGUCCUGGAUGUUUAAAAGGGACCCUGUUUGGAAAUACUUGCAGACUGUCCAGUAUGGAACCAGUGGAAAUUUUCCACGCCUCUCAUAUCCAACUUUCUUUCCACGGUUUGAAUUCCAAGAUAUUAUCCCUCCAGAUGACUUCCUAACUAGUGAUGAAGAACUAGAUUCAGUUUUAUUUGGAACACUGAGAGGUCACGUGGUUGGACUACGCUAUUACACUGGAGUAGUCAAUAAUAAUGAAAUGGUUGCUUUACAACGAGAGCCUCAUAACCCCUAUGAUAAGAAUGCGAUUAAAGUAAACAAUGUGAAUGGAAAUCAGGUUGGCCAUUUAAAAAAAGAUCUUGCAGCUGCUUUGGCCUAUAUCAUGGACAACAAAUUGGCACAAGUUGAAGGGGUAGUCCCGUUUGGUGCUAACAAUGCCUUUACCAUGCCUCUGCAUAUGACUUUAUGGGGAAAAGAAGACAAUAGAAAAGCAGUUUUAGAUCAGUUGAAGAAACAUGGAUUUAAAUUGGGUCCUGCACCAAAAACUUUUGGAUUCACUUUGGAAAGUGCCUGGGGCUCUGGAAGAGCUGGGCCAAGCUAUAGUAUGCCGGUUCAUGCUGCAGUACAGAUGACAACUGAACAGCUUAAAACAGAAUUUGACAAAUUGUUUGAAGAUUUAAAAGAAGAUGAUAAAACUCAAGAAAUGGAACCUGCUGAGGCUAUUGAAACACCAUUACUUCCACAUCAGAAACAAGCUUUAUCAUGGAUGGUUUCUCGGGAAAAUAGUAAAGAACUUCCACCAUUCUGGGAACAGCGAAAUGACUUAUACUAUAACACAAUAACGAAUUUUUCUGAGAAAGAUCGGCCUGAAAAUGUCCAUGGAGGAAUUUUAGCUGAUGAUAUGGGAUUGGGUAAAACUCUUACCGCCAUUGCAGUAAUUCUUACCAACUUUCAUGAUGGCAAGCCUCUUCCUAUUGAAAGAGUGAAAAAGAAUCAACUAAAAAAGGAAUAUAAUGUUAGUGGUGAAUCCAUGAAACUUGGAGGAAACAAUAUUACUGAAAAGGAAGAUGGACUAAUAAGCAAAGGAUCUAGGUGUGAAGGACCCAGUAUUUCAGAUGUCAAGGAAAAAAAUAAGUAUCCCAUGGCAAAACUGGCUGGUUCCCGCCCCAAAAGAAGAAAAACUAUUGUCCAAAACAUUGAAAGCAGUGAUUCAGAGGAAAUUGAGACAAGUGAAUUUCCACAGAAACUGAAAGGCAAACUGAAAAAUACACAGUCAGAGACUAAAAACAGGGCAAAAGCAGGAUUUUCUAAGGUUAAAGAAGACCCAGGGUUUGCUUGUGCACUUAUUUCAUGUACCCCUACACCAAAAAAGAAAAUAAUGAAAAAGGGAGCAUCUGCAGUGGAGGGAUCAAAGAAAGCUGAUGUUGAAGAGAGACCAAGAACAACACUGAUCAUUUGUCCACUUUCUGUGUUAAGCAAUUGGAUUGACCAAUUUGGACAACACAUAAAGUCAGAUGUGCAUUUGAAUUUUUAUGUUUAUUAUGGUCCUGAUCGUAUUAGAGACCCAGCCUUGCUUUCAAAACAGGAUAUUGUUUUGACUACGUAUAAUAUUUUAACUCAUGACUAUGGAACUAAAGGUGAUAGCCCAUUACAUAGCAUAAGGUGGCUAAGAGUGAUACUGGAUGAAGGACAUGCCAUACGAAAUCCAAAUGCGCAGCAGACAAAAGCUGUACUGGAUCUGGAAACAGAAAGAAGAUGGGUAUUGACAGGUACUCCAAUCCAGAAUUCUUUAAAGGAUUUGUGGUCUCUUCUUUCCUUUUUAAAACUGAAACCAUUUCUUGAUAGAGAAUGGUGGCACAGGACAAUACAGCGUCCUGUCACAAUGGGAGAUGAAGGAGGACUUAGGCGUUUACAGUCUCUAAUUAAAAAUAUUACACUUAGAAGAACAAAGACAAGUAAAAUUAAAGGAAAACCAGUUUUGGAGCUACCAGAACGUAAAGUAUUUAUUCAGCACAUUAUACUUUCAGAUGAAGAGAGAGAAAUUUAUCAAUCUGUGAAAAAUGAAGGUAGAGCUACUAUUGGAAGGUAUUUUAAUGAAGGCACUGUCCUUGCACACUACGCAGAUGUCUUGGGUCUUUUGCUUAGAUUGCGGCAAAUUUGUUGUCAUACACAUCUUCUUACAGAUGUAGUGUCCUCCAGUGGUCCCUCAGCUUUUUCUGUAGGAAAUGAUACACCUGAAGAACUACAAAAGAAAUUAAUAAGGAAGAUGAAGUUAAUUCUGAGCUCAGGUUCAGAUGAAGAAUGUGCAAUUUGCUUGGAUUCUUUAACAGUUCCUGUGAUAACACAUUGUGCACAUGUAUUUUGUAAACCCUGUAUUUGUCAAGUCAUUCAGAGUGAACAGCCACAUGCUAAAUGCCCUUUAUGCAGAAAGGAUAUAAAUGAGGACAAUUUAUUAGAAUGUCCUCCAGAAGAAUUGGCACGUGACAAUGAGAGAUCUGAUAUAGAAUGGACAGCCAGUUCAAAGAUUAAUGCUCUAAUGCAUGCAUUAAUUGACUUAAGAAAGAAGAACCCCAACAUAAAAAGUUUAGUAGUUUCUCAGUUUACAACAUUCCUGUCUUUAAUAGAAAUACCACUCAGAUCCUCUGGAUUUAUUUUUACUCGUUUGGAUGGUUCCAUGGCCCAAAAGAAAAGAGUUGAAUCAAUUCAGUCUUUUCAAAAUACUGAAGCAGGAUCUCCGACUAUAAUGCUUCUGUCCCUAAAAGCCGGUGGAGUUGGUUUGAAUCUUUCUGCAGCUUCCCGGGUGUUUUUAAUGGAUCCAGCCUGGAAUCCUGCUGCUGAAGAUCAGUGUUUUGACAGAUGCCAUAGACUCGGCCAAAAGCAAGAAGUUAUUAUCACAAAAUUCAUUGUGAAGGACUCUGUUGAAGAAAAUAUGCUGAAAAUACAAAACACAAAGAGAGAACUUGCAGCUGGAGCCUUUGGAACUAAAAAAACAAAUGCUAAUGAAACGAAACAAGCUAAAAUUAACGAAAUCAGAACUUUAAUUGAUAUAUAAUUUGCAGAAUUUUAGUAAGGUCAGUUUUAUGUGUGUUUUAGAAAUGAGAAAAAUGUGGAGUUCUAGAAAUAAGGUCUAGAGAGAGUAUAUAACUUCUAAAAGGGGCAUACUGUUUUAUAUUAGUGAAGAGAUAUUACUGACACAUAAUUGCUCUUCUAUAUAUAAACCUAUUUUUAAUGAUACUUCAAUAGCAAUAAGUUCCGUUAUAUACUGUGGCCUAAAAUAAUUUUUGAGAUAAAGUUACUUUGUUAUUCAACUUUUCAUAGUACCUAUGCUGAGUAUUUUCAUAUAUCUCCCAAUACUCAGCUUUUUCAUAUUUCAGAAAGGUCAAACCUUUUAUACUUUUGACCAAAUAAAGAGUUAUUUUCUAUGUUGAACACAUUUGGUUAUUUCACCAAAGCUUCUGAUUUAUGAUGUAGUAGCUAGUCCUUGUAAACAAUUAAUAUGUAUACAGACUCUACAAAAGAUUGACUGUAUUAGAUGUUCAAAAACCACAUUACAUUCCAGAGCCAAACCUUAAAUGAGACCAAAGUCCAAAUUAGCAAGUUACUUGCAAUUUUUUAUAGCUUCAUUCAUAUACAGUUCACAUAAGUGACUUGUAAUUUUAUAUUCAUUAAAACAUUUACAGACUAUAAGCACUAUUUUCUCCAUUUUAGUCAAGUGGUACUCCAUUCAUUGUUUAAAUGUAAAUUGGUGUGUUUAGGGUGUAAAUACUGUCUGAGGGGUUGAGAGGAAACCGAUUCUACCCAAUUUGACUUGAAUAUUUAAAUUAUGGAAUUGCUAUAUAGAUAUUUCUAUAAGUAGAUAAUUUUAUUUAUGUAGUUUCUUUUGGACAUAACUUUAUAAAUUUUUAUAAUUCAGAAGACUACUAUAUGUGAAAGGUGUGAUAUCUGGAUGGAAGUUGGGCUGGAUGACCUCCAAAGUCAAAGUUUCAACUCUUAAAGACAUCUUAACCCUGAAUGUAAAAAUUUGUUAUGUGGUUAGAAUUGGAUUUUGGAAAUUCAGUAAUUCAUCCUUAACAUCUUUCUAUAGAAUUUAGUCGUCUUUUUCCUUUUUUUUCCCCCGUUAAUAAGCAAACCCACAAUAGUUGCCACAGAAUACUAGGUGACUCCUAAGUUGUGUUUAAAACAACUAGAAAUUUAGUAAUCAGGUUAUAUAGUCAGUGGUAUUAUUUCCUUAGCGGAAACUUUUUUGAAAAACUCCGAAGAGUUUAAUUACCGUAACAAGUGAAGCUUCAUGUUUAUCGGUACAGACUUAAGAACAUCUUUAGAUUUUAUUUACAGUGUUCAACUGACUUGACUGAAAGAUAAAAGAAGAUUGAGGCAAUGUGGUAUUUUAGGGCACACAUAUAAGGUAUGGCCAAAUCUCUUAACAACUCAGUCUUUCCCUCCCUGUGGCCUGUUUCUUGCUCCAAAGGAGCAGUGCAGUAGCCAGCAAGAAUAUUUCUAGU